AUGUUCUCUAGAGUACCAGGCCUGCGAGGAAUUCGCUGGUUUGGCAACUUCCGUCCUCUUCGCAAUAUUGACAGCUUUGUUCUGCAGAGGUCACUGGCGCCCAAACUUCUCGCUCCCAGCACAAACACAGUUCUAUUUAAAUGCAUAGUCUUUGACUCGAACGGAAAAUUUACCAAGAUUGCAUCCGAUGUCAAGAAGGCACAGCUGAUCCUGAAACACGACUUGCUGCCCCGCGACCUCCGCAAAAUUGACAAGGGCUACGACGACAUUGUUCCGUCCAUUCUGGUGCGAGAAAACUCGAUCCUGCUCACCAUCUUGCAUAUCCGAGCGUUGAUCAAGGCGGAUUCCGUCGUGCUAUUUAAUUACGACCAGUCUUUUUCCAGCGACCAACUAAUUGCCACCCUCUCGCAGAAACUACGCAAACAGUCGGAUGAUUCGCUUCCGUACGAAAUUCGUGCCCUGGAAACCAUAUUCAUGAACGUGAUCGAUAACCUCAAUUCCGAAAUGAAAGUGCACGUCACCGUGGUAAAUGGCAUACUGAAAGAGCUCGAAAGCGACGUCGACAUGACAAAAUUAAAGUACCUGUUACUGGUGUCCAAGAAAUUACAACAGUUCCAGCAGAAAGCCACCCUGAUCAGAGACCUUAUCGACGAAAUGCUGGCCCACGACGACGAACUGGUGGAACUGUAUCUUACAGAUAAAAAAAUCGGCCACAAGCGGACGGCGCGCGAACACGAAGAGGUGGAAAUGCUUCUUGAGUCGUACUCCUUGCAUUGCGAUGCCAUUGUGCAGACUGUGGAGUCCUCCAUAAGCAACGUGCGAACUACAGAGGAGAUCAUCAACAUUAUUCUCGAUUCCAACCGGAACCAGCUCAUGCUGCUGGGUUUGCGGUUCAGCAUUUGCCUGUUGAGCUUUGGCAGUCUGCUGUUUAUUGCUGGUGUCUACGGCAUGAACUUGGAAAACAUUGUCGAGGAGAAAGACUACUGGUUUGUCAUCAUAUCCACGGCAUCGUUGUUAAUCAGCGCUGUGAUUUUCAGAAAAUGUACAAACCGCCUAAACCAGCUGAAGAGGAUCCAAAUGUCCAAAUGA